GAAUAGCCGUAGUUGUUGCGCCCGAGCUGGCGUUGUCGAUGUUGUUGCUGCCGUGAACCGCCAGGGUCUGACCCGCUCGAGAUGGCGGCCGCUGUCGCAGCCGGCGCUGCUGCUUCGGCGGCUAUUAUCUUUGCCACCACUCUGUUGUUACCACCUGCAGGGACUCACAACAGCGGCUGAUCAUCUGGCAAAGAUCAACAUCUUGCGACAGUCCCGUCAAAGUUUCGGUCGCUGUUUGUUGCCCAUUACUAGUACCUCUCUACUGCUAGUAUUAAUAACACAGCAAAAUCGGCCACCUGCAUAGCAUUGCAGCAGUGUCCCCGCAAUAGCGCAGUGCUGACGUGCUUGCUUACUAAACUUCAGGACACGUGGUUCCCUGAAUUCGAAACCGGGCGUAAACACACUUCGGUUCGUGUUAGGGGAGGCCAGUCGUCUAAGACGAUGGCACUAGCAAACGUAAAACUCGAAACAUGUAUUUAGCAUGGCAGCAGCGCGUCCCGUAGCAGACAGGACCUGCUCUCAUAAACAGAGAGCAAGUGAAUAGCAACGAGUGAGGAAGGGAGGGCGAAGGCAGAGAGACGCAAAGCGACGAGAUUUACAUAGAAGAUUGUCGUGCUGCGACAGCAAAACCUCCGAUAGCAAUAGCAGUCGAGUGAGAGUUGGCGGGUCGGUCCAUUGGGGGUGGCCCGCAGCCGGCCGUAAUCGUUGGUACUCGCUUGGGUGAUUCAAUUGUCCAGCAAUAACAGCAGUUGAAUGCGGAGCUGCUACAGCAGCAGUAUCAACAAAAGUCGUCCAUGUUGUUGUUGACUAGUUGCCUGGCUAGUUCUUUGCUUAUUCAGGCUAAAUCCGUUGACGACUGGUAACCAUUGGUCGAGUGCGUUGUGAGAGAUCUCGCUUUCGAUGCCGGCGACUGCGCCGGCAUCAUUACAGACGUGCAACGAUAGCGUGGAUUUCAACAAGACGUACGGAUAGUAAUGGUAAUAAUGCGGGGCUGACGGUGUCGAGCACUUGUUGGUACCGUAUCUAGCGACUCUAAACUUGACUGAAAUCAACAAGACGAGGUAAAACAAAGUUGUAGUUUUUGCUAUCAGGUGCUGCUUUGAGGUGAUCGACAGGAUGCCAUUGUUUGGGUCGGCGAGCUCUAUGCUCGAGCAAGAGAUCGAAAAGGCCACACUGGAGACCAUCGUUAAAGAGGAUGUUUCUGCUAUGUUCGAGGUCUGCGAUCGAGUGAACUCAACCCAGGAUGGAACAAGAGAGGCGUACCGGUGUCUUGUAAAACGGCUGCAAAACCCAAAUCCUCGUGUCGUGAUGUUAACGCUUGGAGUACUUGAUGUUUGUGUUAUGAAUUGCGGGAAAAAAUUUCAUCUUGAAAUCUGUUCAAGGGAUUUUACGACACAAAUUAAGACAAUACUAAGUAGAGGUCAUCCAAAGGUGCAGGACAAGCUGAAGUUUUUACUGUGCAAGUGGGCCAACAACGAAUUUAAAUCUGAUCCCCAGCUAGCUAUUAUCGACAACUUCAUCCAGCGAGCGAAGAUGGACGGAGUAAAUUUCGAAGUCCAGGACCCCAGUCUAGAGACCAUGGACAGCAAACCGACCCAACGGAGUGCGCAUCAACAGCAACAAGAAGAGGAUGAUCUGGCAAAGGCAAUCGAGUUGAGUCUUCAGGAAAGCAAAAAGAAAAGUGAUCCCAGAAGUGGAACGAGCACGGGCAGCGGGCUGUAUCCAUCGAUGAGCAAAAUUAGUUCGAUCACUUCGACAACGGGUCUAAGUAAUAGUGCCCCAAGCGGUACCAGCAGUGCGCCACCUCCCAAGGCCAAGGAGUCGCGAAAGGUUCGUGCUCUCUACGAUUUCGAGGCGGCUGAAGAAAAUGAGCUGUCAUUUAAGGCAGGCGAAAUUAUCAUCGUUUUGGAAGAUCGUGAUCCCAACUGGUGGAAAGGCUCGAAUCACCGCGGUGAGGGUCUCUUUCCCUCAAACUUUGUUACAGCCGACCUCGAGGCGCCACCCGAGGAGACGGCCCCUGCGUCAGAGGCCGCCAUCGAAACACCUGUGGUCGCCUCUGUAACACAGGUGGAUGAAGUUAAAAUCAAUGCAUUGCUACAUAUGCUCCAUGACGCUGACCCCACCGUCUUGGAACGCACGGAAACUGAUGCACAGAUGGAACAGCUCCAAGCGGAGUGCGCUCUCAUGACUCCGCUGAUCGACGCAGAGCUCGAGAAGAUCGAUAGGAAACACCAGUCACUAACGACGCUGUCGCAGCGGCUUACCGACGCAUUGGCCACCUACCAUCAGUUAUUACGGCAGCCGCAGAUGCCAUUUAUGCCGUCGAUGAUGGGUGUGGCACCCCAGGGUCCACCAGGUGUUCCGCAAAUGACUUAUUAUUCAAGCCCACCUAUUGGCGUUCAACCUCAAGGAUUCCAUGGGCUGCCUAUGGCACUCCCCGGAGUAAUCCCGCCUUCCCGCAUGCAACCUGUUCCACCACAGCAACCUGUUGUAAGUGCGUCUUCUGGUCGAUCCAUUGUUCUUCCUGGCCAGAUGCCUCCACCAGGUGCAGAAAUGCCUCCGAGUGCCCAUAUGGUUAUGGGACCCCCUUAUGGAUAUCCGCAUCCGACGAUGAACGGCACAGUGAAUGGUGCUUUGCCACCAGAGGGAGUCAUACAGAUGGGGGUGCCACCCAGUCAAAUACCGCCCGGCCCUGCGCAAUGAAAAUUAAUCGUGAUAUUAAUGAACCCUCUUCGUGAUGAAAAAUAUUAUAUCUGCAGCAGAUCUAGUGUCUCGUAUGCCUCUUUAAUGAAAUACUUCAGGACUUUCAAGUUGUAUCCAGCUUUGCCGCAGGAGGGGCGAGGGAGAGAGAGAAGCUGGGCGGCUGCGCAAACGUAUUUUCCUCUGGUCAUGCUGCAUGUAAAUGAUAUGGUCAUGUGGUCAUGCUGCAUGUAAAUGAUGUCAUGAGGCGACUCGUAAAUAACUUGCAAGUAGCUACGUGAAACAUGAAGACUAACCAUUUUUCAGUAACGUUUGGGCGGUGCACAAUUAAUGCAUGACGGAUGUUUUUGUGGCCGAUCGUUGUAUGUGCCGCAUGCGAAUAUUAAUGAAACUACGCGAAUACCGUAGCAAGAGUUUUACUUGACUGGAUCAGACCAAUAAAAUUCGAUCCAGUUUGUGGUUGACCGCUAUCGAAAAAAAGAGAAAGGAACAAAGUGAGCCUGUUUAAAGUGAUUCUAUAAUAAGACUAAUUACUGAUUCUAUAAUAAGACUAAUUAUUAAAUACCGGGUUGCGACGAUUAACAAAGAAAAAGAAAAUGAAUAUAACGAUUACCGCACUCCACACAUACGUAUGUAUAAUCAAGAACAGGAAAACGAAUAUACGAAGCGAGAAAGAAAAUCUUAGUAUAAUAUUAUACAUAAACAUGUUCAGUCUAUGACUCGAAUAGUGUGUUACUAUGUUGCUAAUACAUACCAUUAUAAAAAGCUACUAUUGAGACUGUUCUGUUAAUACAAACGUGAAGCAAUGAAUCACAUGCCUGCCUUUUUGUCGUACUGGUGACAUAGUCAACGACCGCUUAGGUGUGAGGUCUUUGAGAUUUCGC